UGCAGCAAGUGUUUGAAUAAAAUGGUCCACUGCACCAUUAUACAUGUUAAAUGAAGACUCUGGGUAAUUAUUUUUGUGCCAUGACAGUGUGGUCUUGUAGUUUUGCCCACACUUAGCUACUAAGCAGCUUCAGCAGGCAUUUGGGCGUGGUUUACAUCAUAGGUGUGUGAGGAAGCGGUGUUUCAAGUGUUUCUGCUUUGCCAGCUCGCGACUGUACAGGAAGACCUCCUGACAUUUGGAUUUAACUUUAAAUACCUGCAAAUACUUUUUUCUACACACUGCAAAUUCUCGAUUCAUAACUGUGUGACACUCCUGGGAAGGUGAACUGAUCCUGUUGGACUUCAGUUGGAGCGUUUUUUGGAAGAUGCAUUCCGCCAGAUAUGAAUACGACGGCCGCAAUGGCCAUAACGAGCGGAUUGACUUCCUAACCAGCAAAGAGAAGGUCUCAUCAAAGCAGAAAGUCGGCAUCUUGAUUGGGGUCCUUGUGGCGCUUCUCAUCCUUGCGGGCAUUGCAGCGUUUCUCAUUUGGCUGUUUGUCUUUAAAGAUGCUGAUUCAGAAGCCACUGCUAGUAAGCAGCUCAGCCCAUCAACACGGGUCUUCAGUGGGCAUAUGAAGUUGGUUGGUGUACCGUAUGACCAGGAGCUGGAGAAUACUCACGGCAAAAAAUUCCAGGAUUUGGCAGUCAACCUGGAGGCAGUUCUUAAGGAAAACUACAAGAAAGAUCCACUCCUCGAAAAGUACUACACUAAGUCUCAGAUCACUGCAUUCAGUGAGGGUGUGUUAGCCUUCUUUUGGUCCCAGUUUGAUAUUCCGGUCGAAGACCUGGAGAUCGUGCCUCAGUUCUCAGAGAUGCGGGUGUUGAAGGUACUGGAGCAUGGGCAGCGCAGCCGUGUGGAUAUCCAGAUCACUGAAAUCACUGCAUCAUUAACAGAUCCUCGCAUGGUGAGGAACCCCAGAGACGACAAUGAGUGUUUCUACCUUCUGAAGGCUGAAGAAACGGAAAAAACAUUUACGUCACCAGGGUACCCCAAAGGCUACCCCACCAAGUCGCGUUGUCAAUGGCAAAUCCGAGCUUCAGAGAAUACGGUCAUAUUUGUCGCUUUCCCUUUUUUCCACAUUGAGGAUGACUGCAAUCAUGACUUUGUCUCCAUCUAUGACUCUUUGAGUCCAGAUUACUCUCAGGCCAUCACAAUAAAGUGUGGUCAGAGGCCCCCCUCCAACCCUCUGGCAGUGGUGUCAUCCGGCAACAUCAUGCUGAUUAAUUUGAUAACUGACUCUGAUAUCCAUAGGCCUGGCUUCCAGGCCGUGUAUAGCACCAAACUCAAGUCCACCGUUACAACCUGUGGUGGCAUGCUCUCUGAAAGUCAAGGAGUCUUAACCUCCCCACUUUACCCCAGCUUCUAUCCUCCUGCAGUGGACUGCAAUUGGACCAUCAAGGUCCCUGCUGGGAACAAGGUGCGGGUGAAGUUCACCAUGUUCCGCAUGAAAGAGCCCAGGGUGGACACCCGUGAUUGUCACAAAGACUAUGUGGAGGUUAUGGACAACAAGUAUUGCGGAGAAAUUUCCUCUUUGGCUCUGACCAGCGACACCAACGUCCUAAAUGUGAGCUUCCACUCCGAUGUGUCCUACACUGACAAAGGCUUCAGUGCCGAAUACAGCGCUUACGAUCCUACAAACCCUUGCCCCAACAAGUUUGCCUGCUCCUCUAGCAUCUGCAUCGCAAAAGAACUGAAGUGUGAUGGCUGGAACGACUGCGGUGAUAGUAGCGACGAGAUCAAGUGCCAGUGCGGGAAGGAUCAGUUUGCUUGUGACAAUGGCCUGUGCAAACCAAAACUCUGGAUGUGCGAUCGCGUCAAUGACUGCGGAGAUGGGAGCGAUGAGAAAAGUUGCAGUUGUGAUGAGAGUGAGUGGCGCUGUGGUAACGGGGUUUGUAUGCCUCGUGAAGUUGUGUGUGACAAGAAACAGGACUGUGAAGAUGGAAGCGACGAGGCCUCUUGUGAAGCCUCUCAGGGCAUCUGCUCUGAAUUCAGCUACAAGUGUGGGAACAAAGAAUGUGUCAACAAGAUAAAUGCCGAAUGUGACCGCGUCAUGGACUGCUCUGAUAACUCUGACGAGGCCUACUGCGCUUGUGGCACCAGGCCUUAUAAGCUGAACCGCAUCGUAGGAGGGCAGAACGCUGAGAUGGGGGAGUGGCCCUGGCAGGUCAGCCUUCACUUCCUGACCUAUGGGCAUGUUUGCGGGGCCUCCAUCAUAUCUAAGAAGUGGCUUCUUUCGGCCUCCCACUGCUUUGUCACCAGCAGCUCAGCGAACCUUGUUGCAUCCAACUGGCAAACCUACAGUGGCAUGCAGGACCAGUUCAAGCAGGAUGGAGUGCAGCUCCGAUCAGUGAAGAGGAUCAUCACCCACCCAAAUUACAACCCGAUGACCUUUGACUAUGACAUUGCACUGCUGGAACUAAGCGAGCCACUGGAGUUCACCAACACCAUCCAACCCAUCUGCCUACCCAGUUCCUCCCACGUCUUCCCUGCAGGCAUGCCCUGCUGGGUCACAGGCUGGGGCGCGCUCCGAGAAGGAGGUUCAAAGUCACAGCUGCUGCAGAAGGCAUCGGUGAAAAUCAUCAACGACACGGUGUGUGACAUGGUCACGGAGGGCCAACUCACCUCCAGGAUGCUCUGCAGUGGAUUCUUGGCUGGAGGAGUUGACGCAUGCCAGGGAGAUUCCGGAGGCCCCCUGGUAUGUUUCGAGGAGAGUGGGAAGUGGUUCCAGGCCGGCAUCGUAAGCUGGGGUGAGGGCUGCGCUCGUCGGAACAAGCCUGGUGUCUACUCACGCGUCACCAAGCUAGUAGACUGGCUCAAGACGGAGACAAGGAUUUGAUGAUGUCGGUAGGAACAGAGAGUGAUGCAGAAUGGGGACCAGCAUCAUAGUGCUAAAUAUAAUGGAGACGGAACAUUUGAAUCUGAUUCAAGUCUCUCCAACAUGUAUUAAUUUAGCAGCUGACUGAGGAUAUUGCUGCACGGACAAAACUACUCACAUGAAUGACUUAAAGCACUUUAUUUGGUUGCCAACCCCCCAUUUUAACACACUCACACACACACACACACACACACACACACACACACACACACACACACACACACACACACACACACACAGUUACACAUAAACCACUCCAACUCAUAUCAUAUUGUAUCUUCCCCCAUCAAUAUUGUCAUGUAUCACUGGUGAAUAUAGAGUGCAAAUGAUAAAAUAUGCAAAUUCUGGGAAUUAAUUGUCCAAGGUAACUUUUUAAUCCGAACAUUUUACACAUUUGAUAGUGUACAAGUAGAUAGUGCUUUUAAGUCUUACUAUUGUGUAUUUCUAAACUGGUGAGAUGCCUUCAUCCUCUUAGGCUGCAGUCAAUGUUGCACUUCGCCAGUGGGCUCAUAUUGUAAAUAGCUAUACAUUUGGGAUUUUAUUUAUCAAAGUAUCUUAAAGGACCAUAACUCGAUACGGUUAUUUCUUUCUUAACAUAACUUAAGAGAGAAAAACAAAAGACUCAACAUGUUACUCAAAUCCAUGCAGGGGCAUUUUCAUAUCCUACUAAAAUGAAUUGAAACCAGAAGCAUAUAAAAUGCAAUAAUCAAUCUAGAAGCCUACAUCAGUGAUGUUAAGUAUACCAGAUUUGUAGUCCGUGGGCUAAAACGGGGAAAAAGUCCAGCAUGUAAAGACCGUAGUGACGCUAAAGUUGUUUUAAGUUGUUGUUGAUCUGAACAGGGGUCCUAGAGUAGUAUUUUGAUUACAUAUUUACAUAUGCUCACUGGCCUUGUCUGGUCUGUGAAAGAGUUGCCAAAAAAUGUAUAUAAAAAAAAAAAAGGAGGAUGAGGAUUAGAUCCAUUUGGCUUUUGCGCAGGUCUCUAGUUAAGCUCAGGGUGAUUGAGGGCUUCAGUCACACACACCUGAGAGCCAAAGCAAACCAAUGGGUUUUCAUCGGUUUGCCAGACUAAUGCAACAAGUUCUUAUCCCUAUGAGAAUUUCCUCGCUUUGCUCACGACCAACUCAGUCAACUUUUAAAUCUAAGAUUUGACUGGAUGGUUUCUUUUACUCUACUUGCCUUCAUCGCUGACUUAUCUUGGAAAUCUUGUAUCCUGCAUAAGCAAACCAAAUAUUUGCAUAAGUAUUAUUUAUUGGAGGGGAAAGAAUUAAGAAGAAAAAUUUGUUAAGGAUAUUACUCAGAGGACCUCUUUUAAUAAUUCCAUAGAGCCUUACAGUGAAACUAUGCAAGCGUAAAUGUGUAUUUUUCAAAAAGUAGGGAGAAGCCACAACUUUGAGAUAUAAGAUAUUUUUAUAAGCAUUGUAUUUGGAUGAGCAUUGUAUUUGGAAUAUGGACAUACUUUAUAACCUUUCUUUGUUUGUGUGUGUUUGCAUUUUCUUUUUUUUUUAAUAGACAAAAGAGUCGUAGUAAUAAACA